AUGUCUCACUGCAAGUUUGAACACCCUCGCCACGGCCACCUUGGCUUCCUGCCGCGCAAGCGCAGCCGGCAGAUCCGCGGUCGCGCUCGCUCCUUCCCCAAGGACGACCCCUCGCAGAAGCCGCACCUCACCAGCUUCAUGGUGUUCAAGGCCGGCAUGACGCACAUUGUGCGCGACGUCGACCGCCCUGGCUCCAAGGUGAACAAGAAGGAGGUUGUGGAGCCGGUGACGAUCCUGGAGGCGCCGCCGAUGGUGGUGGUGGGCAUCGUCGGCUACCGCCAGACGCCUGUGGGGCACAAGACGAUCGGCACCGUGUGGGCGCACCACACCAGCGUGGAAUUCCGUCGCCGCUACUACAAGAACUGGAAGCAGUCUGCACAGCUGGCCUUCACGAAGCGCAAGCAGUUUGCUCGCACGACGGAGGGUCGUCUUGCCGAGGCGCGCACGCUGAAGGCCUUCGCCAAGAAGGCUGAUACCAUCCGCGUCGUUGCCCAUACCCAGCUGCGCAAGCUGCGCAACAACCGGGUUGGCGUGAAGAAGGCGCACGUGAGCGAGAUUCAGAUCAACGGCGGCACCAUUGCCGAGAAGAUUGAGCUUGCCAAGUCGCUGCUUGAGAAGGAAGUCCGCAUCGACUCUGUCUUCCAGCAGUCUGAGGCGUGCGACGUGUGCGCCGUGACGAAGGGUCACGGGUUCACUGGUGUUGUGAAGCGCUGGGGCGUUGCCUGCCUGCCGCGCAAGACCCACCGCGGUCUGCGCAAGGUGGCUUGCAUUGGCGCGUGGCACCCUGCCCGCGUGAUGUACACCGUCGCCCGCGCUGGUCAGCACGGUUACCACCACCGCACGCACCUCAACAAGAAGAUCUACCAGCUGGGCCGCGCGGUGUCGAUGGAGCCGAAGCAGGCCACGACCACGUACGACCUCACAGCCAAGACCAUCACCCCGAUGGGUGGCUUCGUGGGUUACGGUACGGUGCGCAACGACUACGUGAUGCUGAAGGGUUCCGUCGCGGGCCCUCGCCGCCGCGUCAUCACGCUGCGCCGCCCAAUGGCCCCGCAGACGUCGCGCAAGCUUACGGAGCAGAUUACGCUGAAGUUCAUUGACACAAGCUCCAAGAUUGGCCACGGCCGCUUCCAGACGAAGAAGGAGAAGAGCCAGUGGUACGGCCCGUGCAAGAAGGACCGCAUCCGUCGUGAGGAGCGCGUUCGCAAGGAGCGUGCGGCCCGCGCUGCGGAGCGCAAGGCGAAGGGCGGUGCUACCACCGCCGCCGCCGCCCCAAAGAAGGCCAAGAAGUAG